CACUGACAGUAGGGAACUAACCUAUUCAACAGUGUGAGAUUAAUAGGUAUUGACUUAUUAGUGAUUAAUUAUUAUUGUAAUAUAUAGAUACGACAGCACCAGCUAACCAUACUAUAGCAAAAAUACCUCAUACCUGUACUAGAGUCUGUGAUUCUUGUGUACUUGAGGUAGAUAUUAUGGUAUUAUUGUCACGAAACGUAACCAGUAGGCUGCAGUAGUAAAUAAAUACACAAAUAUAAUAUGCCUACAUAAUAAUUAAUUUCCUUGCCGGUCAAUGAGUACUUAUCUCAAAGAUACUUAACAAGACACUUGAAUAUCCCCAAAAAAUAUCAACGUGUUCCAUGUCCUGCGCAGAGCUCGGCCACAUGACUUACCUACCAUUUCUUAUGAUUUAAUGGAAUUAUAAGUAGAAUCUCGGCUGGUUUGCUCAAAAAGUUGUCUUUUUUAAAUAGCUAGACAGGCCCUCCAGAAGAUACUUGUGUGCAGGUAUAAUCCAUUUUACUCCUAUACAUGCUAAAAGUAUGCUACUAACAAAACUAAGCAACAAAUAAUGAGACUUGGCCUUAGUAUUCUGCUCUUGAUGUAUUUUUGUGAUGGUUUCUUAAUACUGUACUAUCCAGUUUGUAAUGUAAUCAUAAGAUUACUUGUACUUUGAAAUUACAGAAAAGUGGCAUGAAACAGCCACAGUAUUGUUUUUGUUGUGUGAGUGACAUUACCAGAGCCCCAAUCCUUCCCCUCCCCCAAUUCCAAAAUCUCCAAAUCCCUAAUCCCCAAAAGGUUGGCAACACAUUCUUAACUACUCCUUUGUUGUGGAUCUUCAUGAGUGGCUCUGAUUCCUUACCAUCAGGUAAUCUGUACGCACAUUUGCCAACCUAUCACAUAAAAAAAUUUUUGAUAAAAUAGGCAUUUGCUUCCUCACAAAUAGGCCCUUGACCGCCGUGUCAAACAACACAUGCAUUUUUUGAUUUCAAGUGAAGUUACCAGAGGUGUAAUGUGUUUUCCAUCUUUAAUCAUUUUUUUAUUCUUAGUUCUCAAAGAGCAAACAACAUGCUGUUACCAUACUAUACACAUCAAUAGUAUUUCAUUACAUAAAAUGUUACAUGACAGACACAAUCUCUUGGGGGAUCAUUUUACAGGAUUCUAGAAGUUGUGUUAUUAAAUUCUAUACUAAUAUUAUAAAGAGAAUGGUGAAUAAUAAAGAUAGUGAAUCCGAAUCGGACGCCGUGUCCUCUGGUGACGAGGCGCGCUUCCGCAUCAGCGUGUGCAUGCGCCGCGUGUACAGCGACCACCGCGCGCGCGCGUACGUCAGCGCCGCGCCGCGCCGCCGCACGCUCUGGCUGCAGCGCCGACUGCGCGCGCGCUUCCAGCUGCCGCGCGCCUUCCAUCUGAUGUGCCGCGGCCAUCUGCUGCACCCGCGAGAGCCGCUCGCCCUGCUCGAGCGCGACGAUCUAGUCGAAGUAAUCCCUGUGAACGCAGAAGCUGAAAAGACUGUUCCGGAUGAAGUAGAUUCUGGGAAUAUCGUAGCUGAUCCUAAUCCCGAUGCGUCGCUGCCAGAAGUUACCGAGAAUCUCCAGGAAACUAAACGACAGGCGCUGCUUAUGCUGGACCAGUACUGUGCCGUACCGUUAGAGGAUUCAGGAGACCACGUGACACGACCUCGCCGGCGCCGGGUCAGGCGACGCCGACGCCCGGGCGCCAGACCACCAGGAGCUAGCUCCGGAGACGAGGCCCCAAUGGACACCUCGACAGCCGUGUGUCGCGUCGUCGAUUCGGAAGCAAUGGUGCUACGUAAUGACCUUCAACCGCGAGCACCGCGUGUCGUGCGUCCGCUGUCACCACAAGUAGCUUCCACAAAUCUUGACCUAGAAUCUACAGAGGUUUAAGCAUAAAUAAAUGUAUACAACA